AAACGAAUUUCGGCGUAUUCUUCAACUAGCUACCACAAAAGUACGUGGUGCGUGCGGAGCAAAAGAAAAUUAUAGUGUUAAGUAAUUUAAUAGUUCACAUUCAACAAAAUGAGGGAAAUCGUGCACAUUCAAGCUGGACAGUGCGGCAACCAGAUCGGCGCUAAGUUCUGGGAGAUCAUCUCAGACGAGCACGGCAUCGACCCCACUGGCGCCUACCAUGGCGACUCGGACCUGCAGUUGGAGCGCAUCAACGUUUACUACAAUGAGGCCUCCGGCGGCAAGUACGUGCCCCGCGCCAUCCUGGUGGACUUGGAGCCCGGCACCAUGGACUCCGUCCGCUCUGGACCUUUCGGACAGAUCUUCCGCCCCGACAACUUCGUGUUCGGACAGUCUGGCGCCGGCAACAACUGGGCCAAGGGUCACUACACUGAGGGCGCCGAGCUCGUAGAUUCAGUCCUAGACGUCGUAAGAAAAGAAUCAGAAUCCUGCGACUGCCUCCAAGGUUUCCAGCUCACACACUCGCUCGGCGGCGGCACCGGAUCCGGUAUGGGCACACUCCUCAUUUCAAAAAUCAGAGAAGAGUACCCCGACAGAAUAAUGAACACAUACUCAGUUGUACCUUCGCCUAAGGUGUCAGAUACAGUAGUAGAACCUUACAAUGCCACACUCUCAGUCCACCAGCUAGUCGAAAACACAGACGAAACCUACUGCAUCGAUAACGAGGCUCUUUACGACAUCUGCUUCCGCACGCUCAAACUGUCCACCCCCACGUACGGCGACCUCAACCAUCUCGUGUCGCUCACCAUGUCCGGCGUCACCACGUGUCUGCGGUUCCCCGGUCAACUGAACGCCGACCUUCGCAAACUGGCCGUGAACAUGGUACCCUUCCCGCGUCUGCACUUCUUCAUGCCCGGGUUCGCGCCGCUCACGUCCCGCGGCAGCCAGCAGUACCGCGCGCUGACCGUGCCCGAGCUGACUCAACAGAUGUUCGACGCCAAGAACAUGAUGGCGGCGUGCGACCCGCGCCACGGGCGCUACCUCACCGUGGCCGCCAUCUUCCGCGGUCGCAUGUCCAUGAAGGAAGUCGACGAGCAGAUGCUCAACAUCCAGAACAAGAACUCGUCCUACUUCGUGGAAUGGAUCCCCAACAACGUGAAGACCGCCGUGUGCGACAUCCCGCCCCGCGGUCUCAAGAUGGCCGCCACCUUCAUCGGCAACUCCACCGCCAUCCAGGAGCUGUUCAAGCGCAUCUCGGAGCAGUUCACGGCUAUGUUCAGGCGCAAGGCUUUCUUGCAUUGGUACACCGGCGAGGGCAUGGACGAGAUGGAGUUCACCGAGGCCGAGAGCAACAUGAACGACUUGGUGUCGGAGUACCAGCAGUACCAGGAGGCCACCGCCGACGAGGACGCCGAGUUCGAUGAGGAGCAAGAGCAGGAGAUCGAGGAUAACUAAGCGUCCUCCUCUUCCCCUCGUCCUCUACUCACACUACCCCAGUCCCGUCUCCCGCGUACCGCGUCGCGUGAUGGCUGCAUUUUUUUGCUUC